AUGGACGCCCCUCGUCGCCUCCCCUCCCCUCCCCUCCCCACCUCGCCACCUCCUCUCGACUCCUCCUCCGACUCCUCCGACCCCGACCCGGACCGCCGACGGCGACCGGGACCCGGACCGGCCCCCGCGCGAGGCAUACCUGCGCCGCCUCAUCCGCACCUCGCUCUCGUCCUCUCGACGACGUCCGCUCCGCCUCUCCCCGCCGCGGGCCCUCCCGGCCCGCCCUCCUCCAUCGCCGCCCUCCCCACCGUCCCCGUCUCCGAACCCUCCCUCCCCUGCCCCGUCUGCAAGGACGACUUCCCCCUCAGCUCCCCCGCCCGCCGCCUCCCCUGCGGCCACCUCUACCACUCCGACUGCAUCCUCCCCUGGCUCUCCCUCCACAACUCCUGCCCCCUCUGCCGCUCCCCGCUCCCUUCCCCGCUACCCGCCGAUCCCCCGCCCACCACCCACAUCUCCAUCCGCUUCCGCACCCUCCUCGACGCCGGCGGCGACGACGACGACGACGACGGCGCCCGCGCGCUCAGGGACGCGCUGCGCCGGAUCCGCCGCCGCCGCCGCCGCCCCCGCCCCGUCGAGGCGGCCUCCCCCACGCAGAUGGCGCAGGCCGAGACCGGCUCCUCCGCCGGCCCCGCCAACAGCGCCGAGACCGUCACGUCGCAGUGGCCCCUGGAAGGAGCAGCCGCAGCCGCAGCUGCAGCAGCAGCAGGAGGGGGAGCCGGAGGGGCUGGCGCCGCGGGGAGGUUGGACGACGAGGGCGACGCUGUCAUGUCGUCGGAGCCUAGAGAGGAGUGGUUCUUCGAUUAGUUGAUGCGACGUGGCUCUUGCUGUAGCAGCUCUGAGAAGAGGACUCGUGAACUGUUUCGGAUCACUACUACAUGCAAUAUAUAACAUCCUGACGAGUUAGAGUAGUUCUGUAUCUGAGGCUUCGGCACUUUGUUCUCUUGCACAGACCUAAAGCAGAAGCUUUUAGAAUAAUUUUUUUACAAGCUUGUGUACAUUGAUCAAACCUAUUUCUAAGCAAUAAAUUAUAUGCGAUUUUCUUUUCCUC